CGAGACAUUUCUUGAGGUCUCGUUCUUUCUUCUUCUCUGUCCCUGUCCCUCUCUCUCUCUCUUUGUUGGUAAUCAGUACAGUAACAGUGGCGUUAAAGGAGCCGGCAAUCCCCCUACCACCUUCUCAUCACAAGAGAAUGUCUGGUAGUUUAGCUCGUGUAUAUGCUGAUGUCAACACACACAAACCGAGAGAAUACUGGGACUAUGAAUCACAUCCUAUUGAAUGGGGGAACCAGGACAAUUUUCAGUUAGUUUGUAAAUUGGGUCGUGGUAAGUACAGUGAGGUAUUUGAGGGCAUCAGUGUAGCUACUAAUGAGAAGGUGGUCAUUAAAGUACUUAAGCCUGUCAAAAAGAAGAAGAUUAAAAGAGAAAUUAAAAUAUUAGAAAAUUUAAGAGGUGGUCCCAAUAUAAUAAAUCUAAUUGAUGUAGUUAAAGACCCUUGGUCUAGGACUCCAGCUCUUGUUUUUGAACAUGUUAAUAACACUGAUUUCAAGAAGCUCUAUACCUCAUUAACUGAUUUUGAUAUUCGCUAUUACCUGUACGAGCUGCUAAAGGCACUGGACUAUGCCCACAGCAUGGGGAUCAUGCAUAGAGAUGUGAAACCACACAACGUCAUGAUUGAUCAUGAACAACGCAAAUUACGUCUCAUUGAUUGGGGAUUGGCUGAGUUUUAUCAUCCAAAUCAAGAAUACAAUGUACGUGUUGCAUCCAGGUACUUCAAAGGACCUGAACUCCUCGUUGAUUUACAAGAAUAUGACUACUCACUGGAUAUGUGGAGCUUUGGAUGCAUGCUGGCUAGCAUGAUAUUUAAGAAGGAACCAUUCUUCCAUGGUCAUGAUAAUUAUGAUCAGUUGGUGAGAAUUGGUAAAGUUCUUGGUACUGAGGAGCUCUAUGAGUACAUUGACAGGUACAAGAUUGAUCUUGAUCCAAGGUUCUCUGACACACUGGGAAGACAUUCAAGGAAGAGGUGGGAGAGAUAUGUUCAUGGUGAGAACCAGCACUUAGUGAGCAGAGAAGCACUGGAUCUACUUGAUAAACUAUUACGUUAUGAUCAUCGAGAAAGACUAUCGGCUAAAGAGGCAAUGGGUCACCCUUACUUUUAUCCAGUUUUGAAGGAACAAGCACUCAAUGCACACAUAACUGGACAAGGACCUUUCCCUACUCCUUCAGGUCCACCUGUGAGCAGUGCUAGUGCUACUAGUGUGAAGGAAUCAAGUGAUACUAAAAUUGAAAAUGAUGGUCCCUAGCUGCUGUACUGGAGCUGCUUGACUUAUUUAUAAUGAUCUGUCCACACACACCAUCUCCUACUGUGACAGUUUUGUUUUAAUAAUAAAUAAUAACAAUAAUAUUAUUAUGAA